CACACGCACACAGGCAAACCUCUCCAUGUCCAAGAUCUUUGUCUUUGGCCUGCCAUGGAAGACAACCUCGCGUGAACUCAUGCGCCACUUCCAGCGCUUCGGCACGGUGCUCGAGGCCCACGCCGCCGUGAAGGACAAAAGGUCGCAGCAUGAGCCACGGGCGCUGGGUGCUGGAUAUGGCUUUGUUUGCUUUACCUCGGUGGAAGAGGCCGAGGCUGCUUGCGCCCUCCCGCAUGAGCUCCGUGGUCGGGAGCUCGUCGUUCGCAUCGCAGACAAACCCGUCGCCUUUACUGGCAAACACCUCAAGCCGCGCUUCUCCUUUCUGAAAAAGCCGUUGUGAGAGACGCGCCUCUGCUCUACUGGAGUCCAUCGUCGCCGCGCGUUUGAUCAUCUUCGCGCGUUUGAUCGUCAUCACCGCACGUUUGAUCGCCGUCUCGUCUGCCGCUACAGAUACCUCCAUUUAUCCGUUGCAGCUUGCGUAUCCUCUUCCGGAUGCUGCAACAUGAGCCGGC